CGCUCUUUUGCCCCAGACGAAGGUGUUCUUGUAGUGUCGGUUCUGUUUUUAUAUUUUUUAGCAAAUCCUCUAAAAUAACUCGCAAACAUGAGCAGGAAAUUCUUCGUCGGUGGAAACUGGAAGAUGAACGGCGACAAGAAAAGCCUCGGGGAGCUCAUCCAGACCCUGAACGGAGCCAAGGUGGACCCUAAUGUCGAGGUGGUGUGUGGUGCACCGUCCAUCUACCUGGACUUUGCCAGGUCCAAUCUGGACGCCACGUUUGGCGUGGCAGCUCAGAACUGCUACAAAGUUUCUAAGGGUGCCUUCACUGGGGAGAUCAGCCCUGCGAUGAUCAAAGACUGUGGUGUCAACUGGGUUAUCCUGGGACACUCCGAGAGGCGCCACGUCUUUGGAGAGAGCGAUGAGCUUAUUGGUCAGAAGACUGCUCAUGCUCUGGAGAGCGGUCUUGGCGUGAUCGCUUGCAUCGGCGAGAAGCUGGACGAGAGGGAGGGAGGCAUCACGGAGAAGGUGGUGUUUGCCCAGACUAAAGUCAUCGCAGACAAUGUAAAGGACUGGAGCAAGGUUGUGCUCGCUUAUGAGCCUGUGUGGGCCAUCGGCACCGGCAAGACCGCCUCCCCACAGCAGGCCCAGGAAGUUCACGAGAAACUGAGGGCAUGGUUGAAGACCAACGUGUCCGAUGCUGUGGCCAAUUCAGUCAGGAUCAUCUACGGAGGCUCUGUAACCGGUGGUACCUGCAAAGAACUUGCCUCCCAGAAGGAUGUUGAUGGUUUCCUUGUGGGCGGAGCCUCCCUCAAGUCAGAAUUUAUUGACAUCAUCAACGCCAAGGCAUAAAACCCCGACGAGAUGAGCUCCAUUUAGAGGAUACGGUUCCCUUAUCCCUUACACUCAUACUUCCUCCCCCUCUUUUUAUUCAAAGUAAUUGUGUAAUGUUGUCAUUCCCCCCCCCUUUUUUUUUUUGGUACAUUUUGUCAAAGAAGAAGGGACAGGCUGACACAUACAUUGUACUGCACUGAUAAGUCUACUGAGAACAAACUUCCACACCAAGUGCUCAAGCUGUAAAGGCUGACACCUAGAAGUGGACAGGCAGUCCACUCCCUUACUUGAACAGUUUACAAACUUUUUUUUUUUUGAGGAAUGGUGUCACAGCACUUGUACCUUUUUGUUUGUCUUUGUACUGGUGUUUUUUGUGUAAUGUGUGUCUGUGACUUUGACUUCCCCUGUAGAUGUGCAUGAUCCAUUUCUUAUUGGUUGUUUUACUGAGAGGAAAGUACUCCUUACACGUUACCCAUAGUGUGGCCGUUUAAUUAAAGGAAAGAACGGUUGUAAGAAAAUACUAUAAUAAAGAGUUUAGGCUA